CCGAGAAUGAUCGCAUCGAAACCUAAUCCGAUGUGGCAACUCCACUCGUUGUGUUUGCAUUUGCUGAUGUGUUGUUUUGUUUUUUCGGUCCAUUGUCUUAAUGGCUAAUUAUUUCUAAGUUAAUCACCAUGACUGAGAAAUUCAAUGGUUUUAGCCACGACGAGAUCCUCAAGAUCACGGGUGUGAAGGAGGGCGGUGUGGGCAAAAGACCUGCGAGUCUGGAAGCAGCGAAGCAGGCGCUCCGGAAUCAACCCGGCAUUCGGCGGAUGCCCGAUAAGAUCUUCCGGCAAGCGGAUCAGUUGCGGAAGCAGCAGCAGCAGCAACCACUGCAACCCAUACAAAAACCGGAUAUAGCGAAGAAGGCCAAAUCGGGAACGGCGACUCCCACGGAAAAGACACCAAUUCCCACUCCAGCAGCGGAAGAUGACGUAGCGAACGGAUCGCUGAACUUGGACCGCCCACUUUCUGAUUCAUUAAUAGAGGCACUCUACCAUGGACAUGCUACAGCUAGAGAUAAGAAACCCCCCGCCACGUACGCGGAUGCUGAGGCAACGUCCACUGACGACAGUUCGAUUCUGAAGAUAAGCGGCGGUGAUAGCCAGGCCACUAGCUCCACGGAUGAUGGCAGCAUCCUGCCGAGCACCCAGGACUCCUGCUCGCGGGAGCGCCUUAACACAGACUCACCUUUCAAGGGCAUCUCCCUAAAGGACUUCGAACAGCAUCGCCGCAUGAUCGAGGAGCAAAACAAGCAGAAGAAACAAAUGCUCUACCAGGCCAUCGAGCAGCACACCCAGAAGACGGCGGCGGAGUCGCGAAAGAUCGAGGAGAUCCGUCACGAGCUCUCCAAGCUGGAAAGUGAUCUGGCCGUGGACGUAGCCCUGCUGAGGAAGCAGAUCGACAAUGCCUGCAUACAUUUUGCCAAUGUAGAAAAACAAUACGUCAAGAUCGAGGCUCAGUUCUUGCGGGCCAAGAUAGAGCUGCACAAUGCAUCCGAAAAGAAGGAGAUGCUUACCGAGCAUCUUUGCACAGUGAUUGCCCACAACGAGGACCGCAAAGCGCAGAAGCUCACUGAGUUGAUGCAGAAAGUGGGACUCUCGCCAACCGAUGAUUGCCAACCGAUUGAUGUAACCCCCCAAAGCCCCCAAACCUAAAUGUAAACUCAGCUUGAAAAAUUCUUUAAUUCGAAUAUUCAGCGCUGUUUUGCCUAAACUGACCAGUAGUUUCAAUUCGUUGCUCCCUGAAAUAUUAUAAUUUUUAAAUGGAAAAUUUAUACGCUAAUUUUCGAUUGGCUAUAAUGUAAUGGUAUCGUAAACAUAAAACACGCCUAAACUUUGUGGAAAGCGCUCUAAUAUUAGUAUGUAAUUAAUGUUCAUAGCAUAAGUGAUGAAGUGCAAAUUGCAAAUAAAUAUGUGUAUGUUAUGUG